ACCCCAUCCCACCUCCUGCCUCCUCGGCCAUGGCCCCGAGGAUGUCGGGCCGCGGCGGCGCCGCCCUGCUCUGCCUCUCGGCGCUGCUCGCCCACGCCUCAGGCCGCUCCCACCCAGCCAGCCCCAGCCCAUCAACGCCGCAAGCCAGCCCUGUGCUGCCCGUCAGCUACCGCCUGUCGCACACGCGGCUGGCCUUCUUUCUGCGGGAGGUCAGGCCACCGCCGCCCACACUGGCCAACGGUUCCCUGCAGCGCUCCGAGCCCUUCGUGGUGUUCCAGACCAAGGAGCUGCCCGUCCUCAAUGUCUCGCUGGGGCCCUUCAGCACCAGCCAGGUGGUGGCCCGGGAGCUCCUGCAGCCUUCCAGCACCCUGGACAUCCCCGACCGCCUGACGGUCAACUGGAAGGUGCGGGCCUUCAUCGUCCGGACCCGCGUGCCUGCCUCGCAGCCCGUGGUCCAGGUGUUGUUCUACGUGGCAGGCCGGGACUGGGACGACUUUGGCGUGUCCGAAAGGCUGCCCUGUGUUCGACUGCACGCCUUCCGAGAUGCCCGUGAGGUCAAGAGCUCCUGCCGCCUUAGCGGGGGACUGGCCACGUGUCUGGUGCGGGCCGAGCUGCCCCUGGCCUGGUUCGGACCCCCUGCCCCAGCCUCACAGCCCACGGCCCGCCGCAAGGUCCUGGAUGAGCUGGAGCCUGAGGCCGCCGGGGAGAGUCAGCAGGCGGAGCUUUACUACACUCUGCACGCCCCAGAUGCAUCAGGGGGGUGUGGAGGCAGCCGCAGGGGACCCGGACCUGGGUUGGGGGCCCGUGCGGAGAGCCCUACUCAGCAUCCCCUGCUACGCAUAGGCAGCAUCAGCUUGUACCGGCCACCUCCGAAAAGAAGCCUGCAGGAGCAUAGGCUGGACAGUAACCUGAUGAUUCGCCUGCCGGACAGGCCGCUGAAGCCUGGGGAGGUGCUCAGCAUCCUCCUCUACCUGGCCCCCAAUUCCUCCUCUCCCUCCAGUCCUAGUGUGGAGCAUUUCACACUCAGGGUGAAGGCAAAGAAGGGUGUGACUCUUCUAGGCACCAGAUCACGGAGUGGCCAAUGGCACGUGACAUCAGAGCUUCUGACUGGUGCCAAGCACUCAACAGCCACUGUGGAUGUGUCCUGGGACAAAAGCACCCCCCUGCCCCAAUGGGAGGACCAGGGACCCCUGGAGAUCCUACAGCUGGACUUUGAGAUGGAGAACUUCACCAGCCAGUCAGUCAAGCGCAGGAUCAUGUGGCAUAUUGACUAUCGUGGCCAUGGUGCCCUGCCUGACCUGGAGCGGGCAGUUACUGAACUGACAGUUAUCCAGAGGGAUGUGCAGGCCAUCUUGCCCCUUGCCAUGGAUACUGAGAUCAUCAACACAGCCAUCCUGACGGGCCGGACAGUGGCCAUCCCUGUCAAGGUGAUUGCCAUCGAGGUGACCGGCCUUGUCCUAGAUGUCUCUGCCCUGGUGGAGUGUGAGUCCGACAAUGAGGACAUCAUUAAGGUUUCCAGCAGCUGCGAUUAUGUGUUUGUGAGUGGAAAGGAGACUCGAGGCUCUAUGAAUGCCAGGGUCACUUUCCGCUACGACAUGCUCCAAGCCCCGCUGGAAAUGACCGUCUGGGUUCCCAAGCUGCCCCUGCACAUCGAGCUUUCGGACUCCCGCCUCAGCCAAGUGAAGGGCUGGAGGGUUCCCAUCCUCCCAGACCGGAGGUCAGCUCGGGAGAGCGAAGAUGAUGAUGAAGAGGAGGAGGAGCGGCGGCAGAGUGCCAGCCGAGGCUGUACCCUGCAGUACCAGCACGCCACCCUGCAGGUCUUCACCCAGUUCCACACCACAUCAUCUGAGGGCACCGGUCAGGUGGUCCCCAUGCUGGGACCAGACUGGUUGGUGGAGGUUACCGACCUGGUCAGUGACUUUAUGCGAGUGGGAGACCCCCGGGUGGCACGCAUGGUGGACAGCAACACCCUGGCAGGCCUGGAACCAGGCACCACACCCUUCAAGGUGGUGUCUCCAUUGACCGAGUCUGUUCUUGGAGAGACGCUGCUGACAGUGACAGAAGAGAAGGUCAGCAUCAUACAGCUGCAAGCACAGGUGGUGGCCAGCCUCGCCCUGUCCCUACGGCCCAGCCCUGGCAACAGCCACACUAUCCUGGCCACCACAGCUGCCCAGCAGACACUCAGCUUCCUUAAGCAGGAAGCCCUCCUGAGCCUCUGGCUCUCCUACAGUGAUGGCACCACGGCCCCCCUCUCCCUCUAUAGCCCCCGGGACUAUGGACUGCUGGUGAGCAGCCUGGACCAGCGGGUUGCUACAGUGACCCAGGACCGCUCCUUCCCACUGGUAGUGGCAGAAGCCGAGGGCACAGGAGACCUGCUGCGUGCCGAGCUCACCAUCGCCGAGAGCUGCCAGAAGACCAAGCGCAAGAGUGUGUUGGCCACAACCCCCAUAAGCCUGAGGGUGCAUUUUGGGCGGGAUGAGGAGGACCCCACUUAUGACUACCCGGGUCCUAGCCAGCCAGGGCCCAGCGGGGGUGAGGAUGAGGCCAGGGGAGCCAGACCCCCAGGAACUGCAGGCCUCUUCCCCAGCACCGGCAGUCCUCCAGCACCACCCACUGAUAACUUCCUGCCACUGCCCACUGGCUUUCUGCAGAUGCCAAGGGGCCUGACAGAUCUGGAGAUUGGCAUGUACGCGCUGCUGGGCGUCUUCUGCCUGGCCAUCCUCGUCUUCCUCAUCAACUGCAUCGUCUUCGUGCUGCGCUACCGGCAUAAGCGCAUCCCUCCUGAGGGCCAGACCAGCAUGGACCACUCCCACCACUGGGUGUUCCUGGGGAACGGACAGCCCCUGAGGGUGCAGGGGGAGCUGUCACCACCCGUGGGCAACCCGCUGGAGACAGUGCCCGCCUGCUGCCACGGUGACCACCACAGCAGCGGCAGCUCGCAGACCAGCGUCCAGAGCCAGGUGCAUGGACGGGGGGACGGCUCGUCGGGGGGCUCAGCCCGGGACCAGGCUGAGGACCCCGCCAGCUCACCCACCUCUAAACGCAAGCGGGUCAAGUUUUCCACCUUCACGACGCUGCCCUCAGAGGAGCUGGCCUAUGACUCGGUGCCUGCCGGUGAAGAGGACGAGGAAGAUGAGGAGGGUCUAGGCUGGGGCUGCCCAGAUGUGACGGGCACCACGCGGCCUGCUCCCCAGCCAGACCUGCACAAUUACUUGCGCAGAAUCAAAGAGAUUGCCUAAAGGAAGUGCCACCCCAGACAACGAGGAGGUGAUGACUACGGUGUAGGCUGGGCUCAGGGGUCUCCCAUGACCCUGAGCAGGCCAGUGGUGGAUCUGAAUGCCUGUUGCUUCAGUUCUGCUCUGGGCGAGAGGGGUGCCUCCCUACCGCCCCACGCUGGAUGGACCCUUUGUGCUCCCACUGGAGCAGGGCUUGGAGCUCUCUUGGAGCAGUGCAACCCUGGACCCUGUCCACCCUUUCUAAACUGCAGCCCUCCAAGGAGGCAAGAAGGAGGCUGAGCUUGGGGCCAGGUGGACUCACACUGUGCCACGCCCUUGCAUAC